CACUUACUUGAGUCUAUAAAUGCUAGGGGUACCGUACUAGUGAGAAGCAUAAUAAAAUAGUAGUAGAGCUUGGGAUUACAUCAGUCUACAAUGGCAGCCAUUCUCAACUGUGUGUGUGCACUUGUUUUCCUCUCUCUCGUUGGCCAAGGAUAUUGCCAAUGCUCUCUUGGCAAUAUUUCCGUCAGCCAAACUAAAACAGGAACAACGGUGCAAAACAAGCCAGAAUGGCAAGUGACCAUCUCUAACAAUUGCGCCUGCACCCAGUCUGAGUUGAAGCUGAAUUGCAACGGAUUUCAGACGGUGGAAGAGGUAGAUUCUUCAGUUAUGACCCAAACAGGAGGAGAAUGCCUCAUUAACAAUGGCCAGCCAGUGGCUCCCUUCAGUAACCUUAGUUUUAAGUAUGCUUGGGAUACUUCGUUUCCCUUGAACCCCCUUUCUUCCCAAGUCAACUGUUCUUAACGCAUUAAUGUGUCAUCUGCUACUCAUGUCUUUCUCUUUUCUAAGAAGGAAAUAAAAAUACAA